AUGCAGUGGUGUCUCCUCCUGCUCUGGGCCCAGGGGCUGAGGCAGGCUCGCCUCCCUGCCUCAGGAGCUGUGACAGGCAGGAUAGUGACGAGGGGGAACAUGUCUGCAGAGGAAGGUAGCUCUGUCACCUUACAGUGUCACCUCUCCUCCACCACUGCCAAAGUGACCCAGCUCAACUGGGAGCAGCAGGGCCACAUUCUGGCCAUUCAUCAUGACAGCUUGGGAUGGCACGUCGACCCAGCCUUCAUGGAGCGAGUGGUCCCAGGCCCCGACCUGGGCCUCACCGUCAGGUCGCUGACCAGGAACGACACAGGAGAGUACACCUGCAUUUAUCACACCUACCCUGAUGGGAUUUACAAAGGGACACUCUUUCUGGAAGUCCUACAGAGCUCAGUGGCUGAGCACCGUGUUGGGUUCCAGAUCCCGCUGCUUGGAGCCAUGGCCACAGUGCUCACCGUCAUCUGCACAGCAGUCAUCGUGGUGGUCACAUUGGCCAGAAAGAAAAAAUCUCUCAGAAUCCGUUCUGCGGAAGGUGGCCUCGGGAGGAGGCCGGCUGAACAGGAGGAGUGGAGGCCCAGUGUCCUGUCCCCGUCCUCUCCGGGCGGAUGUGUGCAGGCGGAUGCUGGCCUCUGCGGGGAGCAGCAGGGAGAGGACCACGCGGAGCCGGAGCCGCACGACUACUUCAACGUCCUGAGUUACAGAAGCCUCGCGAGCUUCAGCUUCCCCUCCGAGAGGGGUUAG